AGCGUCUCUGCAAUGCAUCCUGGGAAAUCUGCAUCGCUGUAAACAUGGCGUCCUCGAUGGUUAGAAUUCUGUCCUUCAGUAAAAAUGUAAAGGUGGUUGCUUCACCAGUGAGGCUUUGUGCCGUCUCUGGACACAAAUACAGCUUAGACGCCUCCAAUUCCGGUGAGCCAGUAACUCACACUGGUCAGGUGUUUGAUGAGAAAGACCACAGAAGAGUAAGAUUUUUGGGAAGACAGAAAGAGGUGAAUAAAAACUUUGCCAUCAAAUUGGUGGCCGAAGAGCCGGUGACUGAUGUGACUACAAGAGUUGUAUCCUGUGAUGGUGGUGGAGGAGCUCUGGGUCACCCCAAGGUCUACUUAAACCUGGAUAAAGACACAAAAGUGGGCACAUGUGGCUACUGUGGAAAACGCUUCCAGCAGACGCAUCAUCACUGAAAUAGUUCCACCUUAAUUCUCUGUGCUUCUCUGUGUAAACUGCCAUAUUGGUUAAUAAAUUAUGUCUUCUCUGCAAA